AAAUUCUAUGAAGAAGCACCCGAAACAAUAUCCAGACCGGAGAAAACACAAAACGAUGAACAUGUUCGGCGUUUGGCACGACUCGAAUGGGAAUUACAUCAGCGCAAAGAAUUGGCCACCAUGUGCAAAACACUGCAGACGGCUAAGGAAAGUGUUGCCCGUGAAAUUGAAUCCAAAACAAAUCGGCUACAAUCACUUAUGCCGUGCUUGGAUCAACUGCUCAAAUCGACACGACCAUUGCAAGAUGCACUCGAAAUUAAUGUCGAAAAAGAUUGGGCCGUUCAGCAUACGGCUCGGUUGUUGCCGCGUCCAUUGUACGUGGCCUAUGUUAAUUUGAGUGCCUACGCCGAGAUCAGCAAGAAACUCAUCGAUACGCGCAUCAUUGGUGAUGAAGAUGAGGCAAAGGAACUGGAAAAUACUGAUAAAGUCCACAACGAAGAUAAAAAGACCGGCGAUGAAUCGGACGACGCUGGCGACGAUGACGAUGAUCAAGAAAAUGAUAGACAACGCUCUUCAAAGAAACACCACCAUCGACGUCAAUUGAGCACCGUGACAACAGAGCAAGUCAAUGUGUACAAGCCACAUCCUUUAUCGAUCACGUUCAAAUUGCCGGUCGUUGCUCCAAAUGGACCAUCCUUAUCAAUUACAUUGUAUUACCUUACGGCGUUGCGCUUUGUCACGGUACAAACGAAAUUGGUUGAUUUUGAAACAGAAGGAAUUGCUGCCAGAGAUGUAUUGGAUCCAACGAAAAUCCUCAACUGUUUAGUGGCAAAUGAAAACGAUGAAAAUGAAGUGCUUCAUCCAAAAACUAAAUACACAUUGCAUCACUUUUCCUUGGAUCCGGCUGCGUUUUUCAUGAAAUUAGGUGAACAUCAACUUGGUAAACCGUUCACUUGGGCGCAAAAUAUGUGUGGUUUGAAUUUCAUAAUCAGUUCAAAGGCAGUGUCCAGCUUGUCGAACAAUGAGCUCACACAAGAGACUGUGCCGGUGAUUGUUGACAAAAUGCAUGUCCGUUUGAAGGCACGAUAUCAACUAUAUCGACAAGUGUUGCAAUUGGAGCAGCAAUUCUAUGGAAAUGGGUCGAAAAGUGCCGGUUCCAGUUCACCAUCUUGCAUUUUAGCACAAUGGUCACCCAUCACAUUCAUCGAAUACUCCGAACGUGCGCUGGCCACAAGCCGUUUUAUCGACGAGAAUUUGGUUACCACAAAUCAUUUAUUGUAUCAUGCCGUUUUGAUACGCAGUUCUGCCAAAAUGGAAUGUUUUGUCAGUGUUUCGCCAAAUUUCCCCAUUGAAUGUCCCAUCUGGGCCAUUACACUAAAUCUGAAUGGAUCUCGAUUACAUCCAUCGAACAGCAAUGACAUUAAGGAGAUGGAAUAUUGGAUCAAUUCCAUUGAAUCGUUCAAGAAGAAUGUGUCAAAUGUGUUGAUAUUGCAAUUGAAACGGGCCAUGUCAUCGUUAGACAUUUUUCUUGAGACGGAAUCAAUACGAUUGUCAUCGACAGCGAAUGAGAUCAAAGCUGAGAAAACAUUCUUGAAAGUAUUCCGCGGUCGCACACGCUCUCGUCCAUACAAAUUCAUCCAGAACGGUGGUUCAGUCAUCUAUACUCAAAUCUAAAAUGAAUGAAAGACAAAUAACAUCCUUUUUUUCUCAACGAUUGAUGCAUCUAUCGCUCUUCAUUAUAUAUCGAAGGCAUUAUUUUAUUGAAAAAUUCGAGAAAACAAAUAAAACAUACAAAAA